GGCAACGAAAUCCUUGUACAUAGCAACAACAAAUGGGCCAAUAAAAACACAAUCAGCUGAUUAGCCAGUGCUGAAUAUUGCGGACAUGUUUGAAUGCAACUGACAAAAGAGUUCCGCCCCCUUAGCUUUAAUCAACUUACAUUUGCCAUCAUCGGGCGGUUCCAAAGCCACGCACAUUGAUAUUGAUAAGAACGAGGCGAAAAGCCCCACCAAAAUUAAUAUUCUUUCCACCAGACGACAACAGAUCCCCACCAACGUCGAACGACGACAGACGAAGUGCAAAAAUUAUGAUCUUAUCGGGUUAGGAACACCUUCUCAUCUGGAAUAAACUUAGGAUUGCAUGGAGAGAUCUAAACUGUGAUACAUUGUGUUUAUAUUUUGUGCACAACGAUAAGCCAUAAUUAACAGACUGGACAAUGGUGCGACUCAACAAGCGCCUGCUGCCUAUCAAGGCACAUUUCUUCUUUUUCAUGGCAGCCAUGGGACCCAUACUUCCGCAAUUGCCUGUUAUUGGCAAGCAAAUCGGUGUUCCGCCGGAUGUAAUGGGCUAUAUAAUGGCCAUCCUGCCCAUACUUUAUGUCCUAGCCAAACCCCUGGUGGGUUUCCUAGUUGAUUAUUUCACGAGCCUGCGCAAGUUCAUUUUCAUCUCUCUUAUCCUUAUUAUGACACUUGCCUUUGCUGGAUUUUACUUCCUUCCUGAUAAUUCACAUUUCAUCCCGUUGGAGGAGGGCAGUGCCCAAUGGAAUAUUACGGUGCUAGGGAAUCUACACGAGUGUAGUUCUAACAUCUACUCCUCUCCAGCACUUUGUCAAACGACUCACCAGGCGGCAUGUAUUGCGGGAAAGGAUGAUGUUUCCGUUUUAAUAGUGGCCCACGAGGCUGGCCUAAAUCUCAGUCAGAAUCUGCAACAUGGCAACGAGAGUCAUCACAUCUGCCUCACUCAACCUGCAACUAGCGAAUGGACUAAUGCGUCUUGCGAAGUGCGACAUGUGUCUAGCUGCAUCUAUGGAGCUGGAAAGUUUUGGCUAUUUGUGUGCCUACUCUGCAUAGGAAUUGUUGGCUUUAACGUGACCAAUUCCAUAUCCGAUGCCUGUUGCUUUGAUCUUCUGGGCGAGGAGGAAGAGGGAAAGUACGGAGCGCAACGGGUGUGGGGCACCAUUGGAUUUGGAGCCACAGCCUUGUUAAGUGGAGUCGUGGUCAACUGGUGGACCUCGGAUGCAGUCAAAAGUCUAGCCCCCGCUUUGAUCAUCAUGUGCGUGUUCAGUUUGCUGGAUUUGUUCAGUGUGUCUAAGCUGAAGUUGCCGAAGCUGGGAGGAUCCGAGUCCAUUUGGAGUGAUGUUUGGCAGCUGGUUCGUCAGCCACCUAUCUUGGUCUUCCUAUUUUUCGCCACCAUGGCUGGCAUCAUCGACUCCUUUAUCAUCUACUUCAUGUUCUGGCACUUGGAACAGGUUGCUGAAGCAACUGGCUAUAUGCACCAGAUCAAGCUGAUCGAGGGUCUGGUGGUGGCCGCCGAGUGCCUGGCGGGUGAGGUGCCAUUCUUCUUCUACAGCGGCAAAAUUAUCAAGAAACUAGGCUAUGUUCACUGUAUGAGCAUGUGCUUUUUCUUCUACGCUGUUCGACUGUCACUGAUCGCCUGGAUUCCCAAUCCCUGGUAUCUGGUGGGCGUUGAGCUCUUUUUCCAGGGCAUAACCUAUGCUUUGUGUUAUACCUGCAUCGUGGCGUAUGCCUCUGCGGUGGCUCCUCCAGGAACUUCGGCCACAGUUCAAGGAUUGAUGGCUGGAAUGGAUGAUGGACUUGGGUUCUCUAUAGGAUCACUGAUCGGGGGACUGAUGUUCAAUAGCCUGGGAGGACGUGAAAGUUUCAAAUACUUUGCCAUCGCCGCCAUUUGCACCUGCGUAGCACACAUCGUGGUGCGUCCCACCUCCAGAAAGCGGCAGUUCUUGCCAAAACAGGGUUAUCAACCGCCAACGGAACAAGAGAUUAAGCAACCACCAGCUCAGGAACUGCAGGAGAUUCAUUAGAUAUUAAAAUAUUUAGUUUUUUAUAUCGAUUUUGUUGCAUAUUUUUCUACGUACUUUUUGACAAUAAAAAACGAGUUGUCCAAAA